AUGGCCUCCAGGUUUCUCCCAAGCAACCUCCAAGACGAAGCCACUUGCUCGGUCUGCCUGGAGUUCUUCAAGGACCCCGUGUCCAUCGAGUGUGGCCACAACUUCUGCAGGGCCUGUAUCCUGAAGAGCUGGAAGGAGCUGGAGGGGGAUUUUCCCUGCCCCCAGUGCAGGGAGACCUUCCAGCAGCAGAACUUCAGGCCCAACAGGCAACUGGCCAACAUGGCCGAGAUCAUCGGCCGCUUGGCCCGACGUGGGGAGGAGGAGGAGGAGAAGGAGGAGGGAGGUGGGGGGACCUGUUUGAAGCACAGAGAAGCCCUCAAGCUCUUCUGCAAGGAUGACAGGAGGAGCAUCUGUGUGGUGUGUGACAGGUCCCGGGAGCACCGGCCCCACGACGUGGUGCCCGUGGAGGAGGCGGCUGAGGAGUAUGAG